AUGCUGGAUGGAGAACAUGAACAAUACACGCGUCAAGUGCCGCAUGAUAAUAACAGCUAUGUGCUAGGACAGAUCCAUAGUCACAAUGUAGUAAUCGCAUGCCUACUUGCGGAGGUAUAUGGCACCCUCUCGGCGGCGACCGUGGCUAACAACAUGUUGAGGAUGUUUCCCGCGAUCCGGUUCGGUCUCAUGGUGGGCAUUGGACGUGGGAUCCCAUGCUCAAACGAGGGCGUGGACAUCAGACUAGGUGAUGUGAUGGUCAGUCAGCCUGAUGGCACGCACAGUGGCGUAGUGCAAUACGACCUCCGAAAGAAUUUAGGCGACAGUGUGUUUGAGCGCAAGGACGUUUUGCGACCGCCCUCGACGCUCCCGUUGACCGCGAUUGCCAACCUCCAAUCACGACAUUAA